AUACUGUUUUUUUAUUAUCUCAUAUGACUAACAUUAAAUUUAAACAUUUCAGCUUUCAAUACAAAUGGAAUAGUGUAUGAUAAUUCACCAUGGCGACCAGGCAGAGAUAUGGAUUUGGUGGACCACGGGAAUUCUGAGGAUGAAAGAAGAUUUAAGAAUCUAGCUACAAAAAUCUUAUCAAAUGGAGUCGAAGUUUUAGUCAAAGACAAAAACGAUGGCAAACAAGAUCAGACGAAAUACAUGGAGGUGAAAACUAUCAAGCCAUCGUCGCCGAGUAAAAUAUUUCAAAGCAAUUUUGUCAAAAUUGAGAAAAGGAUCGACAAUGAUAACGGCAAUAUUUUCGACCUUAUACAGCCAUCUGAAGUUAGUCACACGCCAUGUACGAGUUCUUGCUCUUGCAGCCAUACAAAAACAGAAAGCUUGAAGACAAAGUAUGCCAACGCCCAUGAUGCUUCUGCUCCUACUAAGUACGGGAUGAAAACGUCUAAGUAUGAUGCAAUUAAGCUAGACCUUAGACCUACCAAUAAGGAGACACUUGAUAAGAAAACAAAAUACAAUCCCUACGAAUACGAUAGUGGAUCUCUAGCACCCACUGAUAAGGUAGUUGAAAAGUAUACGGAAGUAAUUAAUGAUUAUUCGGAUGAGAAAGAUUCAAAUUCGGUAGAAGAAAGUGAACUGCUUACGAACGAACAAGCCCCUUCUCUACCUAAACCAAGCAAAGCUCCUGUAACCAAAAGCCCAGACAAGCAGAAGCCUGAUAAAACACAGAAACCCAAUAAGAACAAAUUUGUUGUUGCUGAUUUAUUAAAACUAGGUUCACUAGGGAUUAAAGGUUUAUCGCAACUAGCGCCUGUUCUCGAGAAAAUGACUGGUGGCUUUAUAAAGAGGCAAGAAAAUAGAACUACAACAACAACAGGCAAACCUGUAUCCAAACUAACGGCUUACAGCGUCAACAAGCGUAUUGAUACUGACGUGGAUUCGAAAAGUAAUUUUCCUAUUUACAUACCUGUAGAUGAGUUAGAAACAUCUGAGUCACAAAUUGGUUUUACUAAUGCCACUUUACACCAGAACUUGGCAUGGGCAGCGGAACAUAAGCAACUUAAAGCUAGAAUCGUACCACCGAAAAUGAUUCAUGAAAGUCCUUUGGUGAAUGGAGGAAUACCUAUAAGCCCUGGAGAAAUCAUUACUGCAAAUUCAGAUGUCAUUGUUGGGAGGCCUGCUGUGGGAGGUCCUUUGACACUCGCGGCUAGUGGAAUCAAACUACAGAACCCAGUAAACCCGCCGCCAUUGGAUAGUUUUGUGGCUGCUGACGAGCAAUACUUAGUGCAUGAAAAACCUCCUACCUUUGAGCAACCUUCUACCAAUGACCAGGCUGUUAUUUCGACAAAAGUUGACGAUUCUUUUGAUUUGAGACCCCCAGAAUUACCCAAGCCGAUGCAGAAACCAAUAAGAAGUCCACCUCGACCUUCUUCGCCACCAUAUAAUUUUCAUAAUAAUAACGCGCAUAACAUAAACCCUCCACCGAAAAAUAUGCCACAUAACAAUGAUCAUGCUAUAAAACCGGAAAAAGUUAAACCUGGCACUACUGUUCUAGGAAAUCAUGGGCGACCUGCAUUUUUAGACUAUAUUCCGUCGUUAGCUCGUCCUGAAAAUAAACCACAAGAUUCUGAUGAAAUACCAGACAAUAGCCCAAGUUCUUCAGAGAUUAUCAGUACUAAAGUCCGCGUUGAAGAUAGUUACCCCUUACCCGAUAACAAUGGGUUAAUGAGUAAACCAUUUUUGGUAGACAUUCAACCUUCCAGAGUUGCUAAUGUGCUAAUUCCACACGGAAGUUCUACAGCUUUAGUGUUUGCUGGAUCUUCAGAGCCACAUAAAACUGGUGAUUAUGUUGAUGACCCCUUGCCUUACCCUGAACCUGGGUAUUUUGGUAGCUUUAGUAUAGAUGCUCCUCAAAUGACUAAUGUUCAUAAUGUCGCACCGACCAGCAAUAAACAAUUUGCCGUCAAGCCUACUCAUAGACCAUUAGAACCGUAUAAACCACCACAAAUUUAUAAGAAUCAUACGUUUAAGCGUGACCAAAAAAUUAAAUGGACGGAAACUAAACCUACUUUUGAUUACAAUAAGAUUCCUCCACCAACGAGUAACCAAGAGACUUUCUUGCAAGUAGGUCCUCAUAUAACUGCCUACAAUCCUAAUAUUUAUCGUCCAAACAAUGGAAACUUUGAACAUUAUAGUCAUGUUAGAGGCAAAGAAAAGAAAAAAGAAGUCAUCGAUAAGGAAUAUGAAAAUUAUUUAGCAGUGCCACCUCCACCACCAAAAAUGCACUUCAAUCAUGAAAGUAACAAUGAUAAAAACAAACCAUAUCUUCAAAAACCAAUCAUUCAUACAAAACCAGUGCAAGACAUGAAGGUAUUCCUAAACAUUCAGCACCCAGUACCAAAACCGCCUCAAAAAGAUCAAUUGCCUCCGAAGAUUACAUCGGAAAUAUACUUUGCGGCUCAAGUACCUGAUAGUAAACCCACUCCUGUGUACACUGUACAUAUACCACCAGCAGAGUCUUCGUAUGGCAAUUCUUUACACGUGCCCCAAAAUGAACGCCAUGGCGAAACUCAUAGAGAUAAAGCUAUUGGUUCCGGACAAGCCCAUAGCUCAGUACCUACUAAUUCAUCGCCCACUUAUGCCAAUAAAUCUAUUGCCCAUAACGAGCAUGACAAGGGUACAUACACAGUUACACUUAAUACUGCAACCAACGUGGCUAGCAAUGUUGGUGACGUUGGACAAGUAGUCGGGUCUAGUGUGCCAGUAGCAAUAGGCACUGCAUCUAAGUAUGGUGAUUUGAAUACAGAUAUACCAAUUUCAACCAACUUUGCUAUAAGAGUUGAAGACGAUGCUACAUCUCUAGAUACAUACAACUCACAAAGCAAUCAAAACACACCGAUAGUACACGAACAUGUUGGCUCGGUGAUUAAUGAUUAUAGUGAUACACUAAACAAAGUGUCUAUGGGAGAUAAUAGAUGGAAUACAACCUCGCCGGUUAAGAGUGAACAAACUAUUAAAAAUGGAUAUCAAGAUUAUUAUAACAGUCCAAACUCUGUUAAACCAAAUCAAAAUAAUGUUCCAAGUCCAUCAAUAUCUCCAUCUUUAAAUAGUCAUGCCAAUUUCCCUAUGACAAAUGACUUUACGACUCCAUUCAAUGAUUACAAUAACGUGAAACCAGUGACCGAAUAUGUUGAUGAUAUAAAAUCAAAUGACCAAAAGAGGCCUCCGAAGCUAAUACCAAACAUUCCAACCAACUCGCAUGGUUGGUAUUCUAGUAUUCCUCUUAAUGAAAAUACAUUAAACAGUAUAACACAAAUUAAGGUAGAAUCAACCACAAGAAAAAUUAUUCCGCUACUCCUAGAUUACAAUAAAGACCUGCCUGACUUCGGUCAAAAAAUCUCAAGUGUAGGUAAACCACCUUCUGAAUUUUGGGGACAAGAUAAACAAACUUUAACGCACCAUGGUAGACCUUUCAGUAAACCUAAUGAUUACACAGUAUUGUUUACAAGCCAACCGCCCGUCACCUCAAAACCCUACGGACCAAGUUAUAUACCAUCAAACUUUGGUGCUGUAAAACAACCUGCUUACGACAUACCCAUCAGAGAUAACAGCGACGAAACAACAACUAUGAAAUUCACCAGACCUACUACUACCACAACUACAGAAAAAAUUAAACCAGUAUUCGAAACCUCAGAAGAAAUAUAUGACGGACAAGAAGAUACUGAUAAUAAUAACAGUGAAAUAGAUGGAGAAGUUAGCCAGGAAUCGAUGAAGGUACCUAUUGUCAGUACUUCGAGUGACGUUGAGCACACUUCUAAAUCAACAACACAACUAACUCUUCUGCAAGAUGAGGUAAUACCGGGUCAAGAAACUCCAAAAGAUAAGAACGUGGAUCUAGUAGAUUUUAAUCCUGGAACUCAAACCGAAAAACCAUUUGGGUCCAAUAACAGGACUUCGUUUUCGUCGAAUACGAUUAAACCGGUCUAUGAUCAUAAUCCAUAUGUGGAUCCUAGACCAUUUACGGUUAAUUCCAUUAAUACUUUAGAUCAUCAGUUGCACCAACCGCAUUGGCAGAUUAACCAGAUGUUAGAAAAUUCAACUAAUAUUUCAUAUGAAGAGAACUUUGAGUUAAAUACUGGUGAAGAAAUGAGCACUAUCUCUACCACUAAACCAUCUACUACACACAAAGUGCCCUACUACACGAACAACCACGAUGGUAAAUAUAGGAGACCACCUAGACCGGUUUUCUCUGCUCGGCCAAGCAACACAUCCCAUGACCCUAAUAAUAUUAUCACAUCUACAGUUCAUAUACAAGACAAGAAGCCCUUGAUAAUAGAAAAACCAAGUGAAAAGACAACAUUACCAUCAUUUACCAUUACAACAGAUUUAGACGUCAAUCGGACUUCGAGUGAAAUUAUCGAUUUAUCACCGCCGCCACCAACAAUCGACUACAAUUUCAAGCCUUCAACGAACGAUGAAAUGAUUAUGGGAAUGAGCCCUCCGCCUCCUAGAACUCCACCUGCUAUAAGACAACCAGGCAGAACUACUCCAAGACCUAUUAGAACACCUCCUUCAUAUAAAACUCUGCCGCCUCGCACGUUGCCUCCGCGAACUUUGCCUCCUAGAACGACAACUCAGAGACCUACCAGAAAACCUGUCACGAGAGACGAAGUCUCAACUUAUAGACCUUCGUUCGAUAUUAAUAAUAUUAAACGUCCUUCCUACAACCGUGGACAGCCAUCGUUGCAACUAUUACCUCCACCUCAAGAACCAUCGCGUGUUAUUGAAGUUAAUCCAGACCCAACAGAAAGACCAACACCUCCUUCUGUUAUCUUCCCCACACCUGUUUCUUCGGGAUGGUUAACAUCUUCAGGAAUUGAAUUUGCAUCAGGUUAUGACUUUGAACCUACCUCUAUACAGUUCCCUGGAACAGUGGUUCCCACUAUAAUUGCUCCAUGGCAUACUUCGUCUACCGAAAGAAGUUCAAACGAGGAAGAGUCCAGUGAACGUAAUGAUAACCUUAGUGCAGUGAAACCUGUUACAGAAGAAAACACAUCAGAUUCUAGCAAAGAGGGUACUGAUCAUCAAUCUUCUGUCACGUUUGAACGACCUGUGUCUACAGAAUCCACCAGCAAAGAAUCACAAGAGGACGUUUCUACUGAAAAAAUCAAGUUUGGAACCGCAGGAUAUAGGAACAGAACUCGUAGACCUUACCCAUCACGAGAUAGUACUAGUAAGUACAAAACGACCACAACAAAAAAACCUACAUCAACAACGAAACCUGUAAGAACACGUCCAGAAAUUUUAUAUCCUACACGGCCUACACCUACUAAGAAGGUUCCAGUAAUCAGACCGAUUCCUCAGAGGCCUAUAACAAUUAGUCCAUCGAGCGUUAUUGAAAGUUCCGAAUCUCCAGUUGAAGAGAAUUUCAUUAAACCAACAGAAGUACUCAAAGAAAGCUCGUUGCCUUCUAUACAAGAAUUGGAGGCUUCAAAUGUAAUAGAAAAAGUGCCACCAAGCGUAUAUACUCCUAUUGCAGAAGAUAGCGUAAUUGUCAAGCCAACUCACCACGCUGGUAACGAAGUUAAAGUAUUUGAUGAGAUCAUACCAACAAAAACCGAAUUUAAGACUACGGUAGUAACUCUAACAAAGACGUUAUCUGAACCACCACAAAUUAUUUCAAGCAUUGGGUAUGUUAACUUAACUCAUACUCUUACUGUCACUCAUACAAAGACAAGUCUUGUAAGUCAAUCAGAAGGAGCUGUAACGCAAACGUUGAUAUUGACUAAUACACACACAUCAACUAUAGUAGACGUUGUCACUGAAGUCUAUACACAAGUCCAGCCAACUACAAUUAUUGAGACUGUAACCAAACAUAUUCCCAUAUCAUUAGACCCAACGCCGGUUGUAGAAGCGACCACUAAGACUAAAUUGGCUCUAGAUGAUGUUACUAUGUCUUCAGAAGAAACUGAAAACUUCAUCAUAAAAGAAAGUGAAACAACUGAAAAUAUACAAAAGAUUCAUACUGAAGGUGACAAUGAAAACGACACUUUCUUAAUAGUAAUGAAUAAAUCGCAAAAUGGUGGGCAGGCACCUCCUGUACAGACGGACGUUGAAACCGGCGAUUAUGAUGGAAUCACUAGAAAUGAACAAGUAAACAGCAAUGGAGUGUCACAAGUGCUGUUUGGUGAAAUUUUACUGGCUGGAACGCCAUACUUGGAGACUACAAACGUUGGCCAUCCUGCUGGUAAAUAUAUUUGA